AUGGACUUGACCUCAGCUAUUCAUCGGCUAGAAGACGGUCGAUCCCGAACCAGUACGCUCUCUGUUUUGUUCGCCGCUGAUCAUUCGCCAAUCAUUCGUAGUUGCAGCCCACACAACGGUGCUACCUCUCUCCGGCACCCUCCCGUGCACAACAGGCAAUCCUCCAGGCGACCUAGUCACAGCGCCUCGUCUUCGGUGUCCUCGAAUCGACGCACUUCGCUUCCCACCAUCCACCUCCAGCCAUCUCCUCACGCAACGACGCCACCCACCGAAUCACAUUCCCACCCGAAUAGCGUCCUUGGUGGUCCUGACGAUCUCUACUCUAACUUAUCCUCCUUCACAUUUGGCUCGGCACACACCAGUCGCUCUGACCACCUGGAAAUGGUGAACCCGCUCGCUCCUUCGUCGGGUACCAGCAGCGCAGAUCGAACGCCCCGGCCCUCUGUCUCAGGUCCAAGCUCUACCAGCACCCGUGCCAGCUCUGGCGUGCACCCGCGAACCCCUAAGGUAAGAGGGAGGGAGUUGGAAGACGAGGGCUCGAGGGCGGAUGAUGAGGACGAGGACGAAGCGGAGCAGCAGACACGGGCGAAGAUGCGCGCAAUGAAUGACGGUACGCGACGGCCCUCGCUCCCGAUGAACGUUCGUCCUCCCGCCACGUCGCGCUCGCCACGUCGUCCGUCUGUCUCUACUGCUGCUCAACGACCUGACGCGAAUCCAGUUGACCGAGGUCAGGAGAGUACGCCUGAAACCUCGGAAGCGGAAACAGAGGCUGGGGCGCACGAUGAGGAUGGUGAACACGAUGCCGAGGCUGAUUUUGAUACCGACGUCGAGAUGGAUUACCACCACGCAAUUACCCCUGCAUCGAGGGGCGCUGAAGCGUCGGACGCUGCAUCGCAACAUACUUUUGGUGGUGAUUUCCGGGAGUACGUGUACAACUCCAGCUCGACAGGACACUUGGACGACAGGAUGAGUAUCUCUGGGGCAUCGGAGGCUGGAGACGAGGUUCCCGAACUUCCCGUAGUCACACAAACCGAAUACACCAUUGAUACGAAUGGUAAUGUGGCGGUGGUACAAGCACGGCGAGGCAGUAUCCCAUGGAUGACGUCCGAAGCUGCCGAAGACCUUGCUUCCAGAGAUCGGGAAGAUAGCCUGGCGACUCUAACUGGAUCCCCCAUAGACCGCACGAACAAAGACAAGCCGACAUUUUCCGACCCUUUAGGCGUGCAAACUUCUCCGCAGGAUCAGUUACAGCUACAGAUAAAUGGUCGCGCUCCAAACGGCUCAUCCGAUCCCUUCUCUGGUUUCAACGUGAACUAUAUCUUGGGUGGACGCCCGGACGAGCAAGACGAACGCCGUUCCUGGCAUUCAGCGGGUUCCGCCUGGAUGCAAGUCGACCCCCAUUACGCGCCCCCUGUCCCGAUGGACGGCGCAAGACCUUCGGCAGACUUCGAGGCGUUCGACUUCCAGGGCUGGGGUGCGCCUGUAACUGGCGUCUCUGGAAGGCGUCCAAGCACGGUGACUGUCAGCAGUCUCGGUGAGGACGCGUUCAUGCGUCAUCUGCAGCGGUACGACCCCGUGUCGAACACGCGCGCGGUCGAGUGGACCUUCAAGCGGGAGAGCGCGGACAACACGUCGCAGGACGUGACGCCAGGGACGCGCUGGGUGCAGAGUUCUGCUAGAGCGAUCGCACCGGGCACACAGGAAAUAUGGCGACAAGCGCACGUCGGGCGUUUCAAAGUAGAUAAACUGCUGAUGAGAGCUGUCGACGAUCAGUCAAAACCGCCCUCGCAGCGCGUCAACGUCCGUCACAUUGUCGAUCCGUUCUCGCAAGGAAAUGUGCUUGGCGGACCCAUGGCAGUAGUGCACAAACAUUCGCGCGCCAUUGCGUUCUCCGUCUUCCGCAAGUACGAUCUAUUCAACCGUCGGCACUCGAAGUCGCGGGGCGGAAGCACGUCUAUGCCCACGAGCUCGAGCAUCCUGCUAGCGACGAAGCGAGUCCAGGAGCAGUACACAAGCACACGCACUACCAGCCAGCUUAACUCGCAUGGGCUUUUGAAGGAGGGUGAUGGCCGCUCACGCCCGCCGACCGCGAGCAGUGUGAGCACGAACGAGAGCUCACGGUCGGGCAAGCCCGGUCGCAGGUAUUCAAGUGACGCCAUGGAUCGCCACAAUUCCAGCGGCAAGAAGGGCAAGGGCAAGGGCAAGGAUUUCGCGUAUGAUGUCCCAAGCAGCCCAGAUCAGACCUCAAACACCGGCAGCAACACUGACGAAGAAGAGUCGGUGCGUUUCGCGAAAAAUUAUGCUUCAUCGACAUCUUCGAGUCCCUCUGCGCCUGCCUCACCAACGGUUGCUGAAACACACUAUGCUUAUUCGGUCGCGGAUUCUGACUUCACGGCGGCUCGCUCGUCGGCGGGUCCUUCGUCCUCCAAGUUUGGGUCGCCUCCGCCGACAGCGUCGUCGGGGCGUAUUGCCAUUCGGGUGAACACAUGGAGCAUGGAUGACGAUGACGAGCACACGCCACCGCGGACGUCGCAUGCUGAGGCUUUUGCAACGCUCGACCAAAACAGUAUCGAGUACUUCCGCGGUCGGACUGAACAGCGCACAGCGGAUGACUCGCAUUCCCGGAGUAUCGCGGAGCGCUUGAGACGCAGACUACUUGGCCAGCAUCCGGUCAAGGUCAUGUCUAGGCCUCCCUCCGGUCCACCCACUGCCGUGCUCGACGGUAACUACACACCGCCCUGGAUGACCAUGGCGCCGCGGUCUCGAGUGGAGGAGCGCGACCGAGUCAUCCAGAACUUGAACGAGUCGUUCAAGGACGUCGGUUUGCUCCCGUCGUUCAAAACAAAGGGUAAUGGGAGGAAGAAGGGCCAUGGAAAUGACGACAAGGUCAACAUCUUCUCUCACGUCCCGCCAGAGUCUCUGCACAUGCUCCUGCCCCUUUGGCCCGGCGAGACGGAUCCGAGUUCCGUCACAGACGAAGACCCUUCGGCGUACAACAUGCCCGUCGAGGAGCGCCAGUACCUCCUCGUCUACUACGUGCCUCAGCCUGAACGCACGGAGAAGAGCAAGAAGAAGCAGGAGAACAAGAAGCGAUCGCGUUCUGGGUCUCGUGCCCAGCAUCCAUCCUCCGCCUCCUCCCACCCAAAGACCGUCAUACUCAGCUCCUUCUCCGUCUGCGCCCGACUCAUCUCGUACCACGACCUCCUUGGCACUGGGGUGAGGAUACCCAUCGACGGGCUGUCCAUCACGGGUCCUAUGGCUGAAGCCAUCAGCGCCCUCCCGUCCGCCGCCAUUCGUGAGUCGCGCCUGGAGACACCCUGUGCCAUCAUCGGCGUGUGCAGCUCGCGCUACAAGGGUGUCGAGUUCCUCCCAGAGGGUCUGGCCAAGGUGGGGCUGGCGGUGUCGCAGCCAUCAUCAACCUCUGCGGGGGAUCGCGUCAUGCGCCCCCUCGAAGCGGAGGAAGAAGAGCUGAUCUGGAGCCUCACUCCCAUCGGUAGGGCCGCCGUCGAGAUGGCGUGGUUGGGUUGUCUCGCCAUGUCGAGCUUCGGGCCCGAGCCGUCACCUGCCAAAUAGCUGCUUAUGAUCCACAUGCUGCUUGUUCAGUCCAUGCCCUACGAUAUCUACGCUGCCUUACUCAAGAUCUCUCAUGACUAUCCAUUCUACUUACCCUUUAGCAUCUAUCUCUUCGAUACCCUAGGUCGUAUACAUUGCCUGGUCUAAGUAACCACUGUGUCAGUUAGCACCCUCAUGGGUAAAGUAGAAACUGUAUGAAUAUUAGUCUCCUUCGUGUCUUCUGCGCAAUGCGACGUCUGUGUUUAUAAUUGGUUUCGUUCCUGAUAGCCCGACUCGUGGUUGCGACGACAUACAGCGUAUGCUGCGACGUGCUCCGAAAAUAAUCACUGUGUAUCUUAGACUUAGCAACUACCGCAGCAAAAACGAUGGCUUCGAAGCAACCUGACUGAGACUGGGUAUGAUA